AUGACCGGUCAAUGCGCCUGCAAGUCCUGCCAGUCCUCCGAACCUCGCGAAUCCUCACGCUUCGACCAUUUCUCGUACGACAAUCAGGACACUUGUUCUCGCUACCAGACCGCUCGCAAAGCCGCGCACCACCAGCAACGAGAAUCGCAGCCAUCCGCCGGCCCCUCGGAACCGGGCCACCUUCCGUGGCGCCACCUCCUCGCCGCCGAUGGUACUCCCAGCCCGACGCUACACUUCCUCUCCGACUCACUGUUCGCGCAAUUCACGCCGGCAGCCACCACUCCGGGCACCACCAUGUCGCUAGCCUCGCUAUCGACCUUCUUCACCAGCCUACAGACGCCAUCGCACCUAAACCCGACCGCGCUGCACGACCUCGCCGACAUCGGCUACGUCUUCCGCCAGGUCGGCUGGGAGCACAUCUUCAACCCGACCGAGAUCCGUUUGACGCGCGACGGCUUCCUGGCGGUGGUGCGCCACCUGGUCAUGCUCGAUCCGCUCGCCGCGUUCGAGGGGAUCAACACGCUCAUCGAGUGGCGCGACGUUCUGUUGCCACCAAUCCCGCGGCAGGCGUUUCCGAGCGAGGGCGCCGGCGAGAAUAGGGUGGAGUCGGCUAUCGCGAACGUCGUGAGGGGGGGAGGUAAAGCGAAAGUUCGCGGGGUGGGCGUCGGGGCAUGCGAGGCGUCGGAGAGCGGGGUGGCCCGAACAGCUAAGGAGGGUGCGAGGCGGCAGGACAAGCCGAAGCGGAAAACGACGAGCAGGCUGCAAGUCGCGCGAGAGAAACCCGCAGCCUUCCACGUGUUCGAUGACGGCGACAGCAGCAGCAGCGGUGCGCUAACAUUCGACACACCCGAAUCGACGGACGUGGAAGACUGGCAGAGCACCAUCCGCCGGAAUGACGACACCGAAAUACAGAAAGCGAACGAGUGGGAGCUCGCCGCCAGAAUGCGCGGGGCCGAGCUUCCGGCUGCGAUGGAAGCUUCCGCCGGCGCCAGAAUCGUCUUUGGCGUCGUUAAGAUGGCGUCGGAAUCGCCCGUGGGCAUCUCGUAUCACGCCAUCGGCAAAAACAGUCGGCUCUCGGUGGGAGCUGUCUAUACAGCCGUGGAAGAGCUGUUGGAACUAGGGGCUGUCUACUACACGGUCGAUGAGGACCAUGUGGCUGCGAUGGAUUGUUAA